AUGGCCGGGGAUCAGACUCCAGACAUUAAGCCGAUAUGCGUGGCUUCAACUCAAGCUUCUGAUGAAUCGAACUCGGCGGAGUUUCACCCGGUGACAGCAGUUGAUCAGAUCCAACCACAGGGAGAACAUGAUCCUGUGCAACACGAGCGAAGCCUAUCCGAGCUCAACUACUUCAAAAGCAUAGAGUGGUCACCAGAUGGCACCACGCUCUUGACCGACUCUGCAGAUCAUCAUAUCAGGACGUUCAUCUUACCUCCGGAUCUCCUAGAGGAGAGGACACAGCCUCUUCGACUGUCACCUUACUCUACCCUUCCGUCUGCAGAGCCAACUUACGCUGCUGCCAUCUAUCCAUAUUAUUCCCUUCAAGAUCCGUCGACCACACUAUUCCUGUCUUCUGUUAGAGACCACCCUAUCAGACUUGCAUCUGCUCUCGCACCUACCUGCAUGGCUACUUACUCGUUGGUAAACCCUGCCACAGAGGCAUUCAUCACACCUCAUUCAAUCAUCUUCCCACAUGCGUUAGGUGGGACACAUUUCCUUACAGGGUCAGACAGUCUUAUCUGCCUUUUCGACGUCUCCCGCCCAGGGACUGAUGGCCCGGUCUCAUGGAUGCCUACAAUACCAAGUAAGCGUAAGCAGAUUGUCGGCGGAGGUGUUGGUAUGAAAGGUAUCGUCUCUGCAAUGGCCAUAAACCCGGCAGGAGAUGGAAUCCUAGCCGCUGGGACUUUCACAAGACAGAUAGGCCUUUACGGAUCCAACGGAUCUGGAGAGAUGCUUGGAACCUUUAGCAUCGCAAAAACAGAGGCUGACCGGGACAUCGGUGGUCGAGGAGUUACUCAACUUCUCUGGAGCCCUUGCGGAAGAUACCUAUAUAUUGCCGAGCGUAAAAGCGACGGUGUAUUGGUAUAUGAUAUCAGGGUCACCGGACAGCUGUUAGGAUGGCUUCGAGGACGCAAGGCUCUCACGAAUCAACGCAUGAAGGUCGAUUUGACGUCUUCCACUGAAGGUGAUUCUCACGAAAUCUGGGCUGGAGGCGCCGAUGGCUUCAUGAGAGUCUGGAGGAAUCCCAUGUAUUCUACAGGACCGCAAGAUCCAGCCUGGGAGUGGCAGGUGCAUGAUGGUGAGAUUGAGUCCUUCUGA